AUGUUAAUUAUCUCGCCGCUAUCCAGGUGCGCCUCCUCUGCAAAGCGUGACAUUUUCCUACAGCACAUCGGCAAUAUUGCACCUGUAACCAAGAGCCACGAGCCGAAAUGUCUCGGAUAUGCCUGGUUCAAAAGCGCACAGGAUAAUGAUACCGUCCCACACCAUUGGCUCAGGGGAUUUGAAAUCUACGAGGAUGUCGAAGCAAACACUAUAGAACACCGCGCUAGCGCCGAGUAUAAGGCCUUUCGAAUCGCCGUCGGCGAAGAGGAAUUACUGGAGCAACCGAGUGAUCUUCGUUUUUGGAGACCCACCGAUGUCGGCUUUCUGACACGCAGGGGCUCUAUAGACUUCGCAGGUGGCUUGGUUCACGGAAAGCAAUACAUCGUGGUGGAUGAGCUCCGGACUGAACUUGGAAAAUGUGACCUUGUCUUCGAUCAUCUCCGUAAAAUUGCAGUAGAAGCGGAGAACGUCGAGCAGGUGUUCAGCUUUUGGGUGCUUCGCCGAGAGGAUGAGAAGGAUCUGACAUUCAUGGUCUUUUCUGGUUAUCUGGAAAAGGAGGCAUGGGCUAAGUUCAAUGCGCAGGCUGCGGUGGACGAGGCGUGGGUGACUGUGUAUGGUUCAAGCGAAGAGCAGAAGAGGACAACCUGGGUAGAGUCAGGACUAGGGUUCUUAGGAAGAUAA